AUGGAUCCGUCAAUGCUUGUCACAGGAUCAUUGCUCAAUCAAUUUCAGCCUAGGCAAAGCCAGCCAACCGAUUAUGGCCGUUUUGUGAUUCAUAUUGUAAAGCGUAUGACACAACAGUCAGGCGUUAUCGACCAAACCAUGUUACGUCGGGCGAUUGGGCUCGCAUCGUCAUACCUUGUGACUGAUACAAGCACCAAUUCCGACCGUGGUAUCCAGACGUGGUGUACUGGGUUCCAUCGUCUUGUCGAUAUUAUGGUUGUGUUACAUUCAAGAGGGGAGCUGGAACUUGACACAGUCAACGAGGCAUCAAAAGCGUGUUCUGAAUGUUGGAGUGUGGCCGGAACUUGGCGGGGCAUGGAAGAUUGUCGCCAGGGUGUGAAGGAGGUUGCUGCUAAACUUAAGAAGUUACUUGAUGAGCCUCACAGAAGAACGUAUAAAGGAUCCAAAGUGUACACCCCGAGCAGUAGUUAA